GGCUGGAGAAGAAGAGGAAGAAGAAGAAGAAGAAGAAGUGUUGCUAAUGGAGGUUACUUGUUGAAACUCAUCACAGCGAAGUUUCACUGUCGUUUCCAGCUCGUUUCUCUUCGUUUCCCCGAGUUCUCUCACGUUUCUCCGCUGAAGACUCGGCCGCUCCUCGGGCUGCACUGUUGACACAAUGCGGGACCGGACCAAAGAGUUAGGAAACAAGGCCGAGGACUCGGAGGGAGAAAACGAGGACCGAGCUCUGAUGAUCAAACCUGGAACCUCUUCAGCCAAAGAGGAGAAGGACAGCGAGGCCUUCUUCAAGAAGGUGCAAGAAAUCCAUGAGGGGCUGCAGAGCCUCCGGGAGAAGGUGCUGGAGCUGGAGAACAAACAGAAGACGGUGCUCGGGGAAGCGCUGCCCGUGGAGAGUAUGAAGAAAGAGCUGCAGACUCUUCGAGACGAAAUCAAAACGCUGGCGACUCAGAUCACAAAAAGACUGAAGAGCAUCGAGUCCAAGAAGUCAGAGGAGGAUGGGAAAUAUGUUCCCAUAAACGUUCGGAUGCAGCGAACACAGCACGGCGUCCUGUGUAAAGAGUUCGUGGACCUGAUGGGACACUGUAACACCAUCCAGGCCCAGUACCGGGACCGCAACGUGGAGCGGAUACAGAGGCAGCUGAGAAUCACCGGGAACGACGUGUCGGACACGGAGCUGGAGGUCAUGCUGGAGAGUGGACAGACGGAUGUUUUCACUCAAAACAUCCUGAUCGAUGCUAAAGCUACGAAGCAGGCGCUGAACGACAUCGAGUCACGGCACGACGAGAUCCUGAAGCUGGAGAGGAGCAUCCGAGACCUGCACGACAUGUUCCAGUACCUCGCCAUGGAGGUGGAGGCCCAGGGAGAGAUGGUGAACCGGGUGGAAAACAACAUCAACCAGUCCACCAACUAUGUGGCGAAGGCGAAGGAGAACACGGAGAAAGCCGUCACGUAUCAGCAGAAAGCACGAAAGAAGAAGCUGUGGAUCGCCAUCUGUCUGGCCAUCCUCGUCCUCAUCUUAGUCAUCACGCUGGUCAGCGCCUUCGGCACCUAACCCUCGGCAGCGGGGGUCGAAGAUCGUUUGGCAGAAGCACAUUAUUGGUUCACAACCCCCCCCCACCCACCCCCCCCAUGUAAAUACACCGGCUCACAGGAUGAACAGGAUCGUUUGAACAGUGGAUUUUUCUCUGUCAUUGUUCUUUCUUUUUGUUUUAUCCUCUCCCUCAUUUAAACCUCGUCUUCCUCUAACCUUCCUGUCUUCCCAUCGGCCCCCCCCCCCCCGCCGCCCCUGGACCACGGCGACGCAGACACCAGGACAGAUUUUGAACUUUGAGGUCAGAGCCACUUCCGCUCCGACAUUAAAUAAAAAGAGGAACGUGUCCUUGAGGCACGGCUGCAGUAUUGAACCUGACACUGGCGCUGAACGAACUGUACUCAGGAAAAAUGUGCGAUUGAUUCUUGUUACGUUUCUUAUUUGGAGGAAGAAUUGGAGGUGUAAAAAAAAUAAUUCUGUUUUAAUAGAGUAAAGCUUCUUUUGGUUUAUAGCCUAAUAUAAUUGUACAUAAUAAUUUAGUGGAGGAUUUAAGUCAAACUUUAUGCAGAUGAUUUUUUUAAAACUUGAACAGUGUUUCAAACUGCCAACAUGUGAGGAGUGUAAAUGCAGAAUUCUUUUAAUUAUGAGAUAACGGCCCCUUUCAUCUCCCUCGAGGCGUCUCAGGCCCACGCCCCCUUUUACUCGACCAGUUUGUAUUUAUGAUUUAAACGUCGGCUGCUACUUGAGAAGUUCAGUUGUUUUUAUUUUUCUUUCCAAAACUGUGCCUUCUCCUUUAUGUCCAGCUGAGAAUGUGAUGUUGUGCACUAACAUUGUGAAGAAGGGACGGAGCCGGGGAGAGAACCCUCUAUAUCAUCAGACUUUACUUUGCUUCAGGUUUGUCACUUUGUGCCGCAUCUCCCAUGAUCCUUCAGGAGAAGUGACGAGAGCGGCGGCACGACGCGACCAAUCAGGAACGAGAAAAAGACCGAAACUGUCUUCGGACGCUCGGUCCUCAUGUCUCCUCUGGAGCCAGAGAACAGCAGCGACUCUGCUACUGUGACACACAUCACAUCCUUAUUUUAAUAUAGAUUGUUUUUAAAAUAAAAUAUGUUCUAUUA